UCGUAUUCUUUGAUCCUGGUUCGACCCGACCCGACCUGGUUGUUGUUAAUUAUACAAUAGGCCACGUGUCCAUUAGAUUUAGAUAAAUGAAUGAAUAAUCAAAAUCUUAAUCCAACCAUUAAUCACGCAAAUACACUCUGUUUGUCUUCUCUCUCUCUCUCGCUCGCUGCAUCUCAGGAAGAAGAAGAAGAAGAUGAGGAGUGAAACGGUGUCGUCGAGGAGGACGAAGAAGAAGAAGGAAGGUUUAGGGUGGUUGGAGUGGUUUAGAGGAUGGGCUUGCGUAUUCCACGAGUUUCUCUUCCAGAGAUUCAUGUCGUCUCAUUUACAGAACCCGUUUCCUCUUCCUCCGCUAAAUCACCUCACCUGCAUUGUCACUGGCUCCACAAGCGGCAUUGGUCGAGAAACCGCUAGGCAGCUUGCAGAAGCUGGUGCUCAUGUUGUAAUGGCGGUGAGGAAUACAAAGGCAGCUCAUGAGCUGAUUCAACAAUGGCAGAAAGAUUGGUCUGGUAAAGGCCUCCCACUUAAUAUCGAGGCGAUGGAACUUGAUCUUCUCUCUCUAGAUUCCGUCGUCAGAUUUAGCAAUGUGUGGAAUGCUCGGUCAGCCCCUUUGCAUGUUCUGAUUAACAAUGCCGGCAUAUUUGCCAUGGGAGAGGAACAGAAAUUCUCAAAGGACGGAUAUGAACAGCACAUGCAAGUGAACCAUCUAGCUCCAGCAUUGCUUUCACUACUUCUUUUGCCCUCGCUUAACCGAGGCUCUCCGAGCCGAAUCAUUAAUGUGAACUCUGUUAUGCACUAUGUCGGUUUUGUUGACCCGGAUGACAUGAAUGUGGUAUCUGGUAGACGAAAGUAUACAAGCCUUGUAGGAUAUUCAGGCAGCAAGCUUGCACAGGUUAUGUUUAGCAAUGUUCUUUUCAAAAAGCUACCUCUUGACACUCGCAUUAGCGUUGCUUGUUUAUCCCCCGGGAUUGUCCUAACAAAUGUUGCGAGGGACCUGCCGAGAUCUGUUCAAGUACAAUACGCGCUGAUACCUUAUUUCAUAUUUUCGCCUCAAGAAGGUUGUAGAAGCUCACUUUUCUCAGCGACAGACGCUCAGAUUCCAGAGCAUUGUGAAAAGCUAAAAACCGGUGAUAAGCCCAUUUGUACAUUCAUAUCUCAAGAUUGCAAACAAACAAAGCCUUCAGAAGAAGCUCAUAACGUAGAAACAGCGAACAGAGUGUGGGAAAAGACGAUAGAGCUGAUUGGUCUUCCUCUUGAUGCAUUGGAGAGGCUUAUAGAAGGAGAAGAGGUGCAAUGCCGUUAUGGGACUUAUCAGGAAUAAGUCUUUUGUCUUGCUCACAAGUCUAUUACAAGGUGAUAGCUUCUUUACAAAUAUCUCUCUUCUUCGUUUUUUGGGGGCAAAUCUCUCUCUUCUUUUCUCCAUUUUAUACUUGUUAGAGGCUUCUAGAACUUGACCUCAAAGCUCCGUUAUAGUACUACACUACACACGUUCCAAAAAUGAAGGAUGAGUCUCAGGGAAAUAGCUUUCAUGUAUUUUAUAGAAAUUAUAAAUCAACUAGUAUCUCUAUGUUUGGUAUGUAUCAUGUAAUAUUAUGAUAAAUAA